AUGUCUUUAGUUACUUUCCUACAUCAUCUACAACAAAGUAAUCUAUUCAAUUCAAUAGAUGACUACCCACGGGCAAAAUCUGAAGCUAUUGAAGCCAUCAAAGUAUUGAAUGCAUUGGCAAAAGAUCCACCAUAUGUAAAUCAACCAUACUUGAAGCCGUUAUCGGAGUUUGCAUUGACAAAUUAUGACAGAGUGCAACAAAAGCAACCAGUUUCUGAAAAGCUUAUUUGGUUAUCAUCAAAGAUUGGGAUUGAUUUCUACUUCCCAUUGAUUGAAUUUGGCGAAAAAAUUACCUCUGCCUCAGACAUUUUCACUACAAAUCCAUCAUCUACUAAAGAUGGCACAGACGCGUCCACCAUGACGGUUCCAUCAGGUUUGGAAGUCAAAUUCAAGUCCAUUAGUACGUCCCAUUGGCAAGAUGACAAAUCCCACAUGUUGAACUUGUACCAAGAUCUUUUAACCAAUUGUUCAUUUGUUUCAUCAUAUAUUGCACUAACAAAUGUCAACUUCUCCACGUACUCGCUUAUAGCUCCUCACAAUACGUCAUCAGAAUACCAAAUUACACUAACUUUUAAUGGAUGCAAAAGAACUGUUAAAGUUGACGAUAAAUUACCCUACAUUGUCAACUCCAACCGGAAUUUAACUUUGAAAUCAUUCACUGACUCGCAAUUGUACUGGCCUGCAUUGAUUGAAAAAGCAUAUCUCAAAAUAAUGGGCCAUGGGUAUUGCUUUGAAGGAUCAAAUAUGGCCAAUGAUACAUAUUUACUAAGUGGAUGGAUUCCAGAAGUGAUUCGAUUACCAAAUAGUAAACUGAUUGACGCGCUAUCUCACUUGUGGGAAAUGAGGGUACGCAAUAAAGUGACUUUGGGUAUUGGCACUGAAAGAUUUAGCAAUCAGUUUAGCUCAUCAAUUAAUUUAAUUGGUGAACAUGAUUAUGUCAUUGAUGAUUUUGAUGGACAUUGUAUAACUUUAAAGAAUCCAUGGGUUACUGAUGAUUUAUCAAAAAGACUAGUUAAAGUUUACAACUUGACUCAUUUCAAGUACUUGUAUGUCAAUUGGCAACCGAAACCUGGAGUGGAAAUGUAUCAGGAGAAUUUCAUCUAUACGGUUAAAGACGGUAUAUUUGAUCAGACACAAUUUACAAUGGAAUGCCGAAAGGAGACGACGUGGUUACUACUAGAAAAACAUAUACCGGUGGAAGAACAUCACUGGAUGAGAAUCAACGUGUACAAAUCGGCAUGCAGAGUCGUUUCUCCAUUUGAUCAUGAAGAGCAUUCAGUGUUUGAAACGAAUAACCGACUUCAAUUGAUUAAAUUGCCUCUGGGUACAUACACAUUGGUAAUUUGGUCUAAUAAACAAGGACGAUACUCGUUGAUGUCAUAUGGAAGUAAUUUUCAUAGACUGAAUUAUCAAUAUCCUCAUAUUCAAUCACUCGAUAGCGAAUGGACUAAUGACACUUGUGGUGGGAACUGGACCUUAGCAUCGUAUAUAAACAAUCCACAAUUCGAUAUUGUUGUAACAAAAUCAACUACAUUGAAACUAGCACUCUUUGCUAAGGGACUUGUCAAUUUUGACAUUUUCUUUGCCGACAAGUUGAAAAUAGGACAACGUAUUCGAAGUUACAAUAAAACCAAAUGUCUUACUGAGGAUAAGUACUCGCAAGAUUACCAAUCAAAACUGCUUCAUUUGGAUCCGGGUUUGUACAAGAUUGUUGUUUCGAACUUUGAUGGCUCUCCAGCACCAUUCAAAUUAUUAUCAAACACAACUGAAUCAAUAGCGAUACAAAAAAUUCCAUCAACCAUGUCAUUAUACACAUUAAAACAAACAUUUUUAUGGAAUCAACAAAAUAGACUCAAGUUGUACUUCAAGACAAGUGUCUACAACACAUCAAUCAUUGCCCAGAUACGUCAUACUGAUGAUGAACAUGCCGCAUAUAGUCGUCAAACUGAUUAUCGACCAGCGUUACGAGCUUCACUAUUCAGUGCCGUGACUAAACAGCCAGUGCAAAUUAAUGACCAAUUUAGAGAUGAUUGUUUGUAUGGAUUAUUUGUUGAAGAGAGAUUACAGGACCCAGGAGAGUAUAUCUUGUUGAUUGAACGGUUUGAAAUUGGCAAGGGUAGGUGUGAUGUGGUAUUGGGAAGUGAUCAUAAGCUAACCUUGCUUUAA